GCGUCCCGCAGGGGAUCGCCGCAGAAACCCGAACCAGGCUCUCCUGUCGAGCAAUUUUUGGUGCUGUCAGUGUCGCUGGCGUCCACCCAGAACGGCGCAAUAAUGCCGCGGGCUGCCUGAGCCGCGACAGCGAUCACCAAGCCGGCUGCCCUGAUCAAUAACGCCAUCGCUGCGGCGCUGCACAAAAAAAUGCGGAUGCUGCUGCUGCUCACCGCCUGCAGCGCCGCCAACACGGGCGGCGGCAGCAGCAACCCCGACCCGCUCAAGAACAAGGACGGUUCCGUAUACAAGGAGGAGUUCGGGAGAGUCCAUGCCCAGGGCGUAAAUAUGAUCCAACGAGCAAGCCAACUGCACGACGCGUCGUAUCACAGACAAGGCAAGACGAAGGCGACGGCUUCCUGCCAACGAGUCGCUCUCAGCGAGGAUGGCGAGAAGUUGCGAGCACAGAACCGUAGUAUAUUAUUAUUGGUGCAGACGAUGACAGCAUCAAAAAGUAACUUAUGCGAAGGCAGUCGCGCGGACUGGCGCGACGGCAUGGCGCAAUGUUUGCACCAGUUGACCGGUCUUAGGGUGAUAGUGCACAACGACGACGGCACGUGCGCCGACUGUAGUUCUCUACAACGCACUUCCUGUAUUACGAGUGGUGACCCGCCGCCCGGUUUAGUUGUGGUAUUGGGUGGCGGCGAGGACAAGCGCCUCCGAUUCUUGUGUGCGAACCACUACUGCGGCAACACGGGCGACCCGUUUUGGGUUGAUGCUGGGAGAAAUGCGCCGCACGAUUACUUGGGAGCCUGCGACGCGUACGCGUUUGAUCGGCAAGGCAAGAGGAUUCUUGGUGCUGAACAAGUCUCAUUAAAAGCGGAUCCCCCGACGAAGAUCGCCUGGCUGCCGCUCGUGAACCCGCACGCGGAGAUCCGAGGUUUGUACGAGCGGAAUCUGUUGUAUGCCUCGGAGAAGGAUCCUGAUGGAGCGGGCGUGCCUCGCGUCACGAGACCGCAAAAUAUUGCGCGCUUGCCGGACGUGGUCUUCCAGCGACGAGUGAUCGAACCGGCCUUCCGGUUGAUAGGCGGCCACGCGCCGAUUGAAAUUAUCAGAGAUGACGCCCUCCCGAAACCCAUCCUGUUACCACCGAAGGAACGCGUCAUCUAUGAUGACGUAGCGGUCAAGGCCUCGGAGAAACGAGAGAGGACCUUGAUCUAUGUUGGUUCUUAUAGACCAAACAAAGGGCAACUCGACUUCCUGCGCAUCGUCUCCAAGGAGACGCUGGGGCCCUACAAUCUGGAGUUCUUCGGCGUGCGCCAGGCGGACGUCGGUGGAGAUGAUUAUGCUGCUAUUCAGAAAGAGGUUCAGGAAAGAUGGCAGGGCAAGGUGACACUGCACUCUACGAGAUUGUCGCACGAGCAGAUGGUCUCGGUCAUGUCUCGCGCUUCUGGAUUAAUACAUUUCAGCAACGGUGAUAGAAAUCCAAGAGUGUUGUACGAGGCGUUGAUGUUCGGAUUACCGGUGAUGGUUUCGAUCCAGUCGAUGCCUUAUAUAGGGUUGCAGUGCCAGCCCUUCGUGACGCUUACCGUAACGUGCGGCGUCCGUUGCUUCGCAUCGCACGCCAUCGCCGUCUCGCGUCGAUGGCGUACGGGCCGCCCCAGACACACGCCAUCGCCGCGACCGCGCGCGCCGGGGCCGAGGUCCACGCCAUCACCCUAUCAACACGCGCAGGACACGAACGGCACGUCCGCCGAGGUCACGGCACAUUUACGACGCUUCGUGAAAUAUUUAACGGAUAGCGAGAAGGCCAAGGCCGCCCAACGCAAGAUGGCAAGCAACGCGACCAUCGAACGGCCCUGGCUCCUCAAAAAACUGCACAACGCGCAGAGCGCGAUCCGGACGUUCGUCGAAGAGGAGCUUACCGAGCAUCUUGUCUACGCGAACUUCUGCGAGAGGUUCGGGAUCUGCGGUUCUUUGCAGCUCGUGAGGGACCCGCGGACGCCCUGGGCGAAGGGCGGGAAGUGUCGACGAUCAUUGAAAAGAUUUGAAAAUUGGCGUUUCAAGCCCUGGGGCGCCCACGUCGAGAUCAAGCGGGCCUUGAAUAUUGUGGUCGCUCCCAAGUGUGUCCUGAUGUGGGGUCGCAAUUGUAGGGAUGCGUGUCGGGACCGGAACAAGCGCGAAUACAGAAAAGUCUCGCCUCGACAGUGGUGGCAGCCCGGCUCCCAGGAUUCCGAGCACGACUCCCAAGAUAGUAUUAGGAUGCGCUGGAAGAAGAACCGCAAGUCUCGGUUAGGUCUGGGUUUGGAGGCCGAGGCCGGCGCGGCGUACGCGCCGCGCUUCGACGAGUCGGGCGAGCCCAUCAAGAGUGCGGGAGAGGCGUCCGAGGCUUUGCUUGCCAUCGGGUUGCGCUCUUCGACUGGAGCAGAGUAUAGAUCCAGGCGGGACGCGUCUGGAAAAUUAUUACCGGGCGAGGACUACAUUGCUCGGCGCAAGGCGGCGCAGGCCUUGGCGCCCUAAUUCAUCGACUUUGUUGUUAUUAUUUUUGAGAUGC